AUGAAAAAUGAAGAUAACUCAGAGACCACGACCUCUAUAAUCGCAUCAGACCUCAGAUUGUGGCCGUUAAUUAUUGAUAGAAUGAAACUUUUAUCAAAACUUCACGAGCAGAAGCCAAAUUAUUUGAAAGCAAGGAAACCCUUCAUAAUGCCUGCGAAAAUAUUAAAACAAAGCCAAGGUGGCUCCCUGCCUCCUAUACAGGACAAAGCGACUUCGGUAUCGUAUCGAGCUGUUAUUACUGCUAUGACUGAUUAG